ACUAUAAGAAGUUGCGCUCCUCCGGUGCACGCGCGCGGGCGGAUCAGCGGAGCUCGAGCGCUUCUGAGCGAAAAAAACAGCAGGUCAAUGUGAGCGUGUGUGUCUCACACACCGGACUGCCUGCUGUAUUGCAACAUACACACGCACACGCACACACACACACACACACUCUCCACUCCAAAUCUUCGCGUUGCAUUAAGGUAAAGAAGAGAUUUUACGUUUGGUUCACUGUCUCUGUGGUUUCACCAGGAGAUGAAGCGUCGCUGGCAUGGCAGCCUCGUGCUGCUGCUUGUGUACCUCCAGAGUGCUUUUUCAAUGUUCCUCCCUAAUGGCACAAACCUCAGAGCCAUGAUGGAGAAGUACAUGGACAAGGAGGACUCGUGGUGGGAAUUCAAGCAGAGAGGCAAGAGGGCAAUUUCACACAGCGACAUGCAGCUUAUCCUGGACCUUCACAACAAGCUCAGGGGUCAUGUUUAUCCUCCUGCAUCCAACAUGGAGUACAUGGUGUGGGACACCGAGUUGGAGCGCAGUGCAGAGGACUGGGCCCACACCUGUCUGUGGACACACGGCCCGGCUCACCUGCUCACACAGAUUGGGCAGAACCUCGGGGUUCACUGGGGCAGAGAAAGACCUCCAACCUUUCACGUGCAGGCGUGGUAUGAUGAAGUUCAGCACUUCAGCUUCCCCUAUCCACAGGAAUGUAACCCCUACUGCCCCUACAGGUGCUCCGGACCCGUCUGUACACACUACACACAGUUGGUUUGGGCCACCAGCAAUAAAAUUGGCUGUGCCAUCAACAUGUGUUACAACAUGAACGUGUGGGGAAUGAUCUGGGCCAAAGCCGUGUACCUCGUGUGUAAUUACUCACCACCGGGGAACUGGUGGGGUCAUGCGCCGUAUAAACAUGGCCGACCGUGUUCAGCGUGUCCAUCCAGCUACGGAGGAGGCUGCAGGGAAAACCUCUGCUAUAAAGAUGAUGGCAGUCAGAGAUAUUUUGCUCCAGAGACAGAGGAGAGUAACUACAUAGAGCCGGAGCCGUCGCACAGCCAGUCGUCUCCACCUGCUGAUCGCUCACACACACCAACACCAGCACCGACACCGGCGUCAACACCGUCACGUAACCACGGCCUGGACAGGAACGAGAUCAUCAGCACCGAGCAAAUGUCUCAGCAGGUGGAGUGCGAUGUGAAGUUAAGGGAUCGGUGUAAAGGAACCACCUGCAACAGGUACGAAUGUCCACCUGGUUGUUUAUACAAACAUGGAAAAGUGUUGGGAUCGGGAGAGUACGAUGUGCAAUCCAGCAUCUGUGGCGCCGCUUUGCACACCGGGAUUAUAGACGACGACGGCGGCUGGCUGGACAUCACCAGGGUGGGCAGACGAACACGUUUCACCGAGUCGUACCAAAACGGAGUUCAGACGCUGACGAAAGAGCAGGUCGCUAACGCCUUCAUCGUAUCAAAGGUACCAGUAAAAGCGAUCUCCUGCGACAUGACGGUGGCUCAGUACUGUCCUUUUAGAAAACCAGUCACACACUGUCCCAGGUUGUAUUGUCCUCGUAAUUGCCUGUACGUCAGUCACGCCCGUGUGAUCGGAACACGUUACUAUGCAGAUAGCUCUAGUAUUUGUCGUGCUGCGAUUCACGCUGGUGUGAUCCAGAAUGAUUCGGGUGGAUAUCUGGACGUGAUGCCGGUAGAGAAGAGACGUCACUACAGCGGCUCCAACCAGAACCGAGUCACAUCUGAGAGCUUGCGGAAUCCCACAGGAGGGAAAGCGUUCCGAGUUUUUGCGGUGAUCUGAAGCCCCGGUCCAAGGACACACACCGUAAAGGAGCAAAACGGCCAACAAUAACAUCAUCCCUCAGGCCGAGCUGAAAAAUCUUUCUACGGACACAAAAAAGACUUUACUGCUCAGCGUACGGCUGAUGGACUUCAGCUUCGUGUACAUGUCCUGUAUAAUAUCACGCUGUAAAUGAUUCUGCAGAAGGACACAGAGGUCAUGGUUUAUUUCUGUCCCCUUUCCCCUUGUCAGAGUACAGUACGCUAACGGUAGAUAGAUUUCUGGGUUUAAUCGGACCUGUGUUCUGUCUAUUCUAUUUGAAGCUGUAGCUCCGCCUCUUCUGACCUUCUGUGCCAUAAACUUGCUGGCAAACAUUUCAAAAUGCAUGCUAGUGAUAUCGAUUUCUCUCUGGCAGUUAGCCUAGCUUUAUCCGAACAUGUUCAACUUGUCACUACUAGAACGGUAACAUGAGCUAAGCUAAUUAUCUAAUAAGCCAUGCUAGGAUAAAUAAUGCUCAAGUAAAAAAAAACACAGUCAGACAAACACCUUCUAACUAGCAUGAAUGUUUCAGCUUUAAAAUAGCUAAUAUUAGCGAGAAGCUCUGUGUUUAAGCACCUGGCUAAUAAUUAUUUCGCUUUCUGAUAUAAAUAGUUUUCAAAAAAACAGAAAAAAAAACGACAGGAAAUUAGCAUGUCCUCUGUUUAUAUCGCUCUGUUCUUUUAAUUAUCUUUAUUAUUAUUAUUAUGUACAUAAAGGUUUCGGUUAGAUAAUGACCGGGUUGCCAGUUUAUUAAGUAUGCCUGCAUUAGACUGCAUACAAUCUCCUGCUCUGCACAAAAGUAUUGGCACCCCUCUAUAUCCAUAUUAUUCAUCAAAAGGGGGCAGCACUGAGCACCUUAUAUCCAACCUUUGAUUUUUAUUGUAAUAACAUCACGUGAUACAUGACAUCAGGUGAAUACGAUCUGCUCGGUGCUGCCCCCUUUUGGUGAAGAUGGUUAUAGAGAGGUGGCAGUAGAUUUGUGCAGAGCAGCAGAUAAUACGCAGUGCAGUUAUACAGUGUAGGUGAACCCGGUCUAUAUAAACUGUAUUAACACCCCUGGGUCUUUUUUUUUUCCUUUCUUUUACGAGGUUGUUACAACAUCAACAAAGUUUCUAUUUUUGUACGUUUUUCGUAUCUUGCUGCCGCAGUGGGGUUCGACCUGGCAGGCCAGGAAACAUCGCUGAAACGUUGUUCUGAAAAAAUAUCAAUCCAGAUAAUUUCCCAUGAGACGAACAAGAGUGUGUGUGUGUGUGUGUGUGUGUGUGUGUGUGUGUGUGUGUGUGUGUGUGUGUGUGUGUGUGUGUGUGUGUGUGUGUGAGAAGAGCGAUGAUGGUGAAACAUUACUAUAAAAUAUUUAUUAUUCACCGUGCUGAAUGAAGCUACACUUCCACUAGCCCUGGAUUUUCACCUUCUAUAGGAAUAAUGAUUAUAAAAACCCCUACUAUCAUGAAGAUCAGUGUAGAUUUGAAAAUCUUUUUCCACAAAAAAUAUGUAAAAAAUCUACAAGUACAUAAAAAUGUAUCAUAAUAAAGCAGUUCCUCAGUCCUUUUUAUCUUCCCCAGAAUAAUCCACUGCAGGGGAAUGUGUGUUACCUUUCAUUUAAAUAAAUGUCACUAUGAUCAAAGCCUA